ACCUUUAAAACAGUUUAAUGAACUAAGUAUUUCUACUAAAAAGGCUCAUGCAAAAACUGUUGCAAAAAAGAUUAAAAAAGAUUUUAAUCAAAUUGCAAAAGAAAAUUAUCAUCCAAAUGAUCAAGUUAUACAUAAAGAAUUAUCUUAUAUAGUUGCAAAUACAUUUUUUCAUAUAGAAUUUGAAUCCCAGAAUAUUAUAGAAAAAAACAAACAUGAGUCAGCAAUAGUACAAAUAAUUGAUAAGUACCAAAUAUCAAGAGAUGGAUAUUAUGCUUUAUCGGCUAUACAACCUAAUUUACCUUGUGAUUAUGCAGUUUCUGAUCAAUGUACAAUUUUAACAUCAAAAAUAGCUAAUUAUAUACCAAUUGAAAUAUUUAAUCUUUAUAGUCAAGAUAAUCUUUUAUUAAAUGAAGAAUUUUAA